AUGCAGGAGGCGCUCUUGUCGGAGGUGUCGCGGUACGUCGAGGAGGCUCGUGCCGGCUCGGAGGACGCUCUCCCGCCGCUGCUCGCCGCCUGCGAGCGCGUGCUCGCGCUCGCGCCCGAGGAUGCGGAGACGCUGCGUGCAAAGCUCACUUGCCUGGUGGAGCUCGGCCGGUACGGCGAGGCGGAGGCGCUGGCUGCGGAGCUGGGCGAGCCGGCGCGGUACGAGCGCGCCUACGCCCUCUACCAGCUCGGCCGCGAGGCGGACGCGAUGCGGGCGCUGCCGGCGGACCUCAGCGGCGCGAGCGGCGCCGAGCAGACGCUCGCGGCGCAGAUCAAGUACAGACAGGCCGAGUACGGCGAGGCGGCGCGGCUGUUCCGGGCGGCGGCGGAGCAGGCCGCCUCCGAGGGGGACGGCACCGCCGCCGAGCACUACACGAACGUGCUCGCCUCGCUGGUGCUCUCUCGCGACUCGGCGGCGGCGACGUCGUACGGCGCGUCGCUCGCCGCGGGGCUCGAGGCGGAGCAGUUUGAGCUGGCGUACAACCUGGCUUGCGCGCACAUCGGGUCGGGCGAGUACAGCGCCGCGCGCGACAAGCUCGCCGUCGCUCUCCGCGCCUGCAGAGAGUCGCUCGCGCCUCCUCCUCCUGAGCCGGCGAACCUGUUCGACUCGUGGAAGAAGGCAAAGGCGAACCUCGCCGAGCCGCUCGUCAAGAAGCUGACGCCACACCAGCGGCAGGCCUUCCUCGCGAACGCCGCCCUCCUCUCCGUCGCUAUGUCGCGGCCGGAGCAGGCGCAAGCGGCCCUCUCCGCCGAGGCCGCGCCGCUUGCGCUGCUGCGCUCCGGCGCCCAGUUUUACGCGCGGCACGGAAGGUGCCCGCCGCUCGAGGAAGAGGAGGGCGGGCCGAUCGACGCAGAGGCGCUCGAGCAGGCGACGCUCCCGCGCGCCGCCAAGCGCGCCGCCGACGCCGCGCCCGCCGACUCCGGCAGGGCGGCGGCGGCGGGCGGCGAGGGCGGGUCGGGCGGCGGUGGCGAGGCGCGGGGCGGGCGGCUGCGGAAGAAGAGGCGGUCGAGGCGCUCCAAGCCGCGGUACCCCAAGGGGUUCGACCCCGAGACCCCGCAAAAGACGCCGCCGCCCGACCCGGAGCGCUGGCUGCCGAAGCGCGAGCGCUCAAACUACCGGCCGCGCAAGAAAGACAAGAACCGGAUCGCGCGCGGGCCGCAGGGCUCCACCUCGGGCGCCGCGCGCGUCGACGACCGGGCGACGACCAACGUCAAGGAGCUGAGCGAGGAGGAGAAGGCGCGCAACCGCGCCAAGGCCGAGGCGGAGGCGCGCGCCGAGGCGGCGGCGGCGGCCGCGUCGGCCGCCUCGAGCAAGCGGUCCAACAAGAAGAAGGGCGGCAAGGGCAAGUGGUGA